UGUAAACUCGGAGUAUUUUUGCACAAUUCUAGAAGCCUUCCAGAAGCAAGGUCGCAAGUACGCACAUUUUGUCGGGAAGUCCCAUCAGUGAACGGAAGAAUCAUUUUUGUCGACAGAAGCAAUUUUGCGUCCUGAUCAUCCAGUUUCGAUCAGGUUUUCGAAUGUGUGAAAAGAUCAAACAAUCACGCUCGUGCGACACAAUAGCAACAAAGCACUGAGGCAACGACAAAUCAAAUGGCAAUGCGCGGUGUAUUUCACGAACUAAUGAUAGGCAAUAAAGUGAGCCGUUAUAACUCGUUAGAUUUUGUUGAUAAUAAUUCGCAUUUUGAACUGAAAUGGAAAAAGGCACCACGUAGUGUUAAGGACGAAAGAGGCAUUUGUUUGGAAGCAAUACGUGAUCAAGGAAGGGGAAAGAGGUAUCAUGAAGCUUCCUGCAACAUUCAGCAGACUUACAGAAUGUUAACCUACACCAGUAAUUUCACCCUAACACCACCAUCAGCAGCAGCAGCAGGGGGCAAGAUCAAGAUGCAGGACAGUAGCAAUCAUCCUGCUACAAUGGUGGCCAUGAUUCUGCCAGCAGCUGUAUGUUUAGUGGUGGUGAUUGCCUUGCUGUUGUAUCAUUACUAUAGGAGAGCAUCAGGACCAGUCUGGAUACCUAAGCUUGCCUCCAUACGCGGUCGUUACCGCACUAUGAGUAAUGAAGAUCAAGCCAGUCCAGAUAGUUUCAUAAUGGGAUUCACUAACCCGAUCACAGAGAGCUCAGUGGAUUGUUUUGACAAGGCUGAUGGUAAAGUUACUAUUUUGGGUUACAGGCCACUCCGAGAGGACGCUGACAAAUAUGGCUUUAAAGGUUACAGCCAGCACUUCAAACAUAUGUUCCCGCGGGAUCGUUUGGUGUUUGGUACUGAACUCGGGACUGGGUGGUUUGGAAAGGUUUACGAAGCAGAUGCACUUCGCGUUAAAACAGGGUUGAGAAAAACAAAAGUGAUGGUGAAAGAACUGCGCAAACAUUCUGACACAAAAGCCAAGGAAAGUUUCCUCAAGGAAACGGAUAUUUUAAGGUGCGUUGAGCACAAAAACGUUUUGAGUGUUUUAGGACAGUCAACAGAGCAGGAACCAUUUCUGGUCGUUUUGGAACAUUCUCCUUUGGGAGACUUGAAGAAAUUUCUUCUGGAUCAACGUUCCAACAGGAAGCGGGAUGGUGUUCCGCUACCUUUGCGCAUGUCUAUUGAUAUCGCCUCUGGACUUCAUUGCUUACAUGCAAAUUACUAUUACCAUAGUGACCUUGCUGCGCGAAACUGUUUGGUGUUUCCUGAUUUGUCCGUGAAAAUUGGUGACUAUGGAAUUGCAAGAUGUAAUUACAAGAAUGACUACUAUAACAGACCACAAGCCCCAAACACCAUCCCUAUUAGAUGGUUAGCGCCAGAGUGUGUGGCCUUUCAAGAAGACGGAACCUUGGUGAAUAAACUACCAUCAAGUCAGGGAAAUGUUUGGUCAUUUGGAGUAACACUUUGGGAAAUUGUAGAAGGUGGUAAGCAACCAUAUGAACACUUGUCAGAUGAAGAAGUGUUACAGAGUGUGAUACAAGAUCAGCUGUAUAAGCUGCCUGAACCGCACAACAAAGGAAAUGUUCUGGACUUACUAUAUGAGCUGAUGCUUCAGUGCUGGGUAGAACCUGACAGAAGACCUUCGGUUCAAAAACUCGAGUCAACGCUGAUGUCUUUGAUGUCGGGCCACUCUGUACCCUGUCUUACGACCAGUGAUAACGUGAAACAACGAACGGCACUUCUCGAGAGUCAAGCUUCUCCUGACACUAAAGGUAACGCACAGCCGAUCGCCGUGGUUCGUCCUCUUCGCCUCGAACAAGAUGAACCAAAUUCUAAUCAUAACGGAGUCCACCAGAUUAACUCUAACGAUCAUGAACAGACUUCAUCCGAUGUGGAAGUAACUAUUAUUUCUUCAGAAUCACCACCGCCAGUCACAUACAUCGGAAAUCCCUCGGAAGAACUCGGGGAUUGUUCAGAAAAAGCCGAAAGUCCUUCAUCGGAGGUGUCAUGUGUGGAUUCCCAAACGUCAGAGAUCGUACAUCCAGAGGAUCAUGAGUAUGUGAUGGUGCCUGGUGAAGUCAUCCGUAGAAGAGGAUCCAUUUUGAAGAAUCCGAACGCCCCAUCAAAGCCUCCCAAGGUGGUUCAUUUUCCAGUCAACAUUCUUGCCCUGCGAACUGUUCACAAGUAUGAAAGGAUGGACUCCUUUGAAGAGGAUGAAGCAGACGCUAACCCUAGAACAGAUGACGAAGACGGAGAAGAGUCUGGGGGAAGCAAAUCUAAGUUUCCUGCAGAAAAAGACUUUGAAAGCCUUGAUUCAGAAUUAACUGCAGUCAACGGGACAGAUUUGGUUAACGAACCGCCAUUAUCGCCGACUGAAAAGAAGAUUAGAAUGGCUGCUCGGCGGAAGAAACUGCUCGAAGAUGGCGAUAAAGAGUGGGUAACUGCAGUGGAAUCGAAUCCAGACCAACCUGCGUAGGUUUGGAAGAAGUUUGUUGGACUCCUCUUUAUGGACCAAGCAGCAAGGCGAUCCCAACCGAUGAGCGUUUGGAGAUGGCGGCAGAGUGCGACAAGACCCUAACGAUCAAAUUUUGCACCAAAAUUGUGACUAACGUAGUUUAACGGUAGAUCGAUAGACCCAGACUGACUUCCAUCGAAAAAGUUAGUUUAUUAAUACGAGUGGCUCCCCUCUGAAACACUGCAGUAUAUUUCAUUAGAGUUUCGAUAUCGGCCCCAUUUGAUUGUUUAGAAGGUCGAUUAUAAUCAUCACAUGAUGUGAAUCAGUAUUUUGGAUACAAGGUUAACUGUACCGCUAGAAUUCUGAAUAUUGGUACUUUCAAAUCGAAAAUACAAUUACAGUUUAAGAGGAAACGCAUCAAAAACCCUUCAUUAAGUAAUGAAUAUUGUGUGUCAUAUCGAAAAUCCUCAUGCUGUGGAAAAAUUUGAAAAUGUUUUUAUGGGCUUUCAUUUAAAUUCGCCCGUUUUAAGCUUGAUUUCGGUGGUAGAAUUGUCUUUGCUACAGAAAUCGUUUGACUUCCAUCAAAUUGAUAUGCACAUGGUGUUUUAGUCGUAUAACUUCUAUUUCGAACAAGUUUGCACGAGUAUUUUAUCGAAAACGUGAUUGCAAUUAUGUUGAUCACAUCACACUUACAUUGGAGUAUAUUUUCUUAAUGAGUAACUAUGAUAAUUUGCUUAAAGAAAGAGAGAGAAUUUAUGUGCAAAAUUUUAGUAAAAUAA